AUGAAGAUCCUCAUUUCUAUUCUUGCUGCCAUCGCAGUGGGGGUUGCCAGUGCUCAGUACGACCCAUACAAGAUUGAUUACGAACCACAGUGGACUCGUCCAGUGGAUUAUGCAUACCAUUACCCAAAACCACUCUAUCCCCAUUCGUAUACAAGAGCCGUCGCACAUACAGGCCUUGCAUUUCCUUACUUUGCAUGGAGUCAUUUGCCAGUUCCUUAUUCUUAUUCUGUCCGUCCAAAUACAAACUCACAAUCAGUAGCGACAACCUAUACAGAUGCGCAUUCCAUACCAUCAGCGCCAAUUGCUUCGCAGGGUUCUAAUCAGGAAUUCACAUAUUUUAAACCCACUACUACAUCUACUACGUCUUCAACAUAUCUACUACCUACCACAACUACUACCACUGAACGUCCUACCUCGAGCUCGAGCUUACCUUCAUCAUUUGAAUAUGUGAUCAUUCCUCCAUACCAUAUAGUUCCAAAACAAAUAACCAUUACAAGCACUACGCAAAGUUCAACUCAUUUACCAUCGACCAGCACUACAACUAAGCGUCCAACACAAGUACCAUCGACCAGCACUACAACUAAACGUCCAAUACAGGUGACAUCGACUACCACUACAACUCAGCAUCCAAUACAAGUACCAUCGACUACUGAAACCUUUAGUUCAACCCAUAAACCAUCCACUACUACAACCACUACUACCACUACUACCACACUUCCAUCGACCACCGACGCGCCAUCAAAAUCGUAUGUUCCUCCACAGAUAUAUUUACAGACUAAAGGCAACGUAGAUUCACUUCUGCCACCAACGGAAACCCAUGUUUCACAGACACAUGCAUCUCCAGUAACAACUACCACCCCAAGUUCAACUCAUAAACCAUUACCAUUACCUACCUUUUCUACUGUAAGUCAAACGAACCCACCAACAACUACUACUGAAGAACCGAUUCCACAUCAAUCAAAAGUACGUCAACCAGUAAAUCCUGAUCUUUGGAAAUUAUGGAACCACAAUAGUGAUUUGCCAACAGAGUAUAAAUAUGAUUAUGAUGAAGAAAAUCUUGCUUCAUCCACCGAAGUAAGUCAAACGAACCCACCAACAACUACUACUGGAGAACCGAUUCCCCAUCAAUCGAAAGUACGUCAACCAGCAAAUCGUUAUCACUCGACAUAUUGGAACCAAAAUAGUGAUUUGCCAACAGUGUAUAACUAUGCUUAUGAUGAAGAAAAUCUUGCUUCAUCCACCGAAAGACCAGAUAGUUAUAUUUAUGGCUACAAAGUAAACCAAGGUAGAACUGAUUAUGGACUAAAAGAGAGCAGGAAAAGUGGUUUGACCCGCGGACAAUACUUUGUUGAAUUGCCAGAUUGUCGCAGAAUGAUCGUCGACUACGAGGCUGAUACUGAAGGUUUUCGUCCGGUAAUUACUUACGACAACAUUCCCGAUUGCGUCAUUGUAGAAUCUUCUACUGCAUCCAAAAUGAGAACAUGA